AUGAAGCCUGUUCAAUUUCUUCUCCUCUUAGGCUUUGUGCUGCUGGCAGCCGCCUUCUCCAGCCAGGACCACGAUAUUUUCCGACUCAAAGAUGAAGUCGAGACUGCGGAGGGUGCUGGCACCUCCUUCUACGACUUCGUCGGCGUCGACCCCUCGGCCACCGUUGACGACAUCAAGAAAGCCCUGCGCAAGAGAUCAAAGACACUACAUCCCGACAAAGUGAAGCAGAAUUUCAUCGCUAAUAAAUCCACAAAAUCUUCCAAAAAGCCUGGCGACAAGAAGAAGCCUGGGGUGCACGUCUCCAAAGGUCCGACGCAAGGCGAGAUCAAGAAACAUGUCAAGGAGGCUACUGAGCGAUACCAACGUCUGUCUGUUAUCGGCAAGAUCCUGCAGAGCCGCGAAGAGCGCGAACGGUAUGAUCACUUCAUGAGACAUGGCUUUCCCAAAUGGAGGGGCACAGGCUACUACUACACCCGCUUUCGACCUGGACUGGGUACUGUACUGCUCGGUCUUUUCUUGGUUGGCGGAGGCGGCGCUCACUACUUUGUCCUCAAUAUGAACUACAAGCAACAGCGAGCCUUCAUGGAGAAAUACAUUCGAUCCGCCCGCAAGCAGGCUUGGGGUGACGAAACCGGCGUUAUGGGCAUUCCUACAGAGCUGCAGCGGCAGAAGCGAGAAAUGGAGAAGCAGCAAAAAAAGGAGAGCAAGAACGGCAAGGACAAGAGCGGCAAAGCUCCCAAAGUAGAGAAGUUGCAGACACUCAAUGGCGAGCGUAGACGGGUCACGGCAGAGAACGGCAAAGUCUUGAUUGUGGACUCGGUCGGCAACGUGUAUCUGGAGGAAGAAGACGAAGAUGGCAAUACCGAAGAACUCAUCCUCGAUCUGAAUGACAUUGUCAAGCCUACCAUCCGCGACACCGCCGUCUUCAGAGUUCCGGUCUGGUUAUGGCGCAAGACAUUCGACCCAUUCCUCAAAGACACCACACCUAUACCCAGCGAUGAGGUCCCGCGUACGGAGAGCGAGCAAGAGUCCACACCAACUCCAGAGCUUGCGGUCCCGAAUUUGAGUUCGAGUCAAAUCUCUGACAACGGAUUCGAGCUUGUCGAUGCCAGCGGUGUCGAGAGCGACAAGAACGGGGGAGGUGCAAAGAAGCGGCGCAAGGGCAAAAAGUAA